GUGGGUGUCACUGCUGAAGAGAGAACCACAAAACUUGAACUUUUCAAUAAACUCCAAAGUGAAAACGCAAUGGAAAGCACAAGUUUGCUUCAUCUAUUGCUUGGUGUUGUUCUGGCUCUGCUGAGUGUAUCUCUUGUGCAAGGAGAAGAUGCAUACAAAUACUACACAUGGACUGUGACAUAUGGCACUCUUUCUCCGCUAGGUAGUCCUCAGCAGAAGCUCCGAGGAGGAGAUCAACUUGAUGUUCUAUGCCUCUUGAAGGUGAAUGGUCAGUUUCCUGGGCCUCAACUAGAUUUGGUAACUAAUGACAAUGUUGUUCUCAACCUUGUCAACAAGUUAGAUGAACCAUUUCUACUUACUUGGAAUGGUAUCAAGCAAAGGAAAAACUCUUGGCAAGAUGGGGUAUUGGGAACAAAUUGCCCAAUUCGUCCAAACUCAAAUUACACAUACAAGUUUCAGGCAAAGGAUCAGAUUGGAACCUACACAUACUUUCCAUCAACUUCACUGCAUAAAGCAGCUGGAGGGUUUGGAGGACUCCAUGUCUACCAUAGAUCUGUCAUCCCAGUUCCUUAUCCAUACCCUGAUGGAGAUUUCACUUUACUCAUUGGUGAUUGGUACAAAACCAACCACAAGGUAUUAAGGGAGUCUUUGGAUUCUGGAAAAUCUCUUGCCUUUCCUGAUGGUCUCCUUAUCAAUGGCCAGGCUCAUACUACCAUAAAUGGGGACCAGGGAAAGACCUAUAUGUUCAGGAUCUCAAAUGUGGGCCUGUCAACAUCAAUCAACUUCAGAAUCCAGGGUCAUACCCUGAAGCUAGUUGAGAUUGAAGGAUCACACAUUGUCCAGAACACGUACGACACCCUUGAUGUGCAUGUUGGGCAAUCAGCUGCUAUGUUGGUAACCUUAAAUCAGCCUCCAAAGGACUACUACAUUGUUGCCUCAACAAGGUUUUCCAGAAAAGUACGCGUAGCAACUGCAGUGUUGCAUUAUUCAAACUCUAAAUCCCCAGCUUCUGGACCUUUGCCUAGUUCCCCUAUUUACCAAUAUCACUGGUCUGUGAAGCAAGCUAGAACCUACAGAUGGAAUCUGACAGCAAAUGCUGCAAGGCCUAAUCCACAAGGGUCAUACCAUUAUGGAAAAAUAACUCCUACAAAGACAAUUGUGUUGUCCAAUUCAGCACCUUUGAUUAAUGGAAAACUUUGUUAUGCUGUCAACAAGGUUUCCUAUGUUAACCCUGAUACCCCUCUCAAGCUUGCUGAUUACUUCAACAUUCCCGGAAUCUACAGUGUUGAUUCAAUCCAAAGCAUUCCUUCUGAUAAUACUCCCACAUCCAUAGCCACCUCCGUAGUGCCAACUUCUCUCCAUGAUUUCAUUGAGGUCAUUUUUCAGAACAACGAAAACACCAUGCAAUCUUGGCAUCUUGACGGUUAUGACUUCUGGGUCGUGGGUUAUGGUUUUGGCCAGUGGACCCCAGCCAAAAGAAGAACCUAUAAUCUAGUUGAUGCCCUGACCAGGCACACUGCUCAGGUAUACCCAAAUGGUUGGACUACAAUACUGGUGUCCUUGGACAACCAAGGUAUAUGGAAUUUGAGGUCUGCAAUAUGGGAAAGGCAGUAUCUUGGGCAGCAGAUAUAAGUAUAAAUUGUCUACUGAUGAAAUACGAAAGCUGAUGAUAUUGAAAAAAAAAGAAUUGUAAAUAAGGUUCAGGUUCGACUUCCAUAGAGAAUAUAGAUGAUAUUGUCUAUAAUGAUAAAAAAAAAAAUAAAAAACUUUCGAAAGAUUUUAUCCAAUUGAAAUUUUAAAAAUGACUGGGAUAAACUUAAGAAUUCAAUUAUUGAAAUUGAA